CAAAUUCCCAAAAAAACAAAUGGUGUCUUAAAACCGCUAAAAGAUUUCCAAUCUGUGCCAAGAUGUCCGUUACGAAGUAACUAACUUUCAAAUUAGUAUCUAGCUAAUUUGAGAACCAUAAGCCCGGAAAGCCCGCGAAGAGCUUGAAAUCCAUCAAAGAAACAGGCAAUAGUAGAAUUCAUGAAGAUUAGGGUUAGGGUUUCGAUCUCUGCAAGUUCAUCUUCCCUCGUCCACAUUAAUUUUGGAAUUGCAUUUUUCUCUUCAUAAAAUUAAAAGAAUCCAAAUCAAAUUCCCUACAUUUAUACAUAACCAAAGCCCUGGAAGCUUCUACAUUUCUCAGUUCAAAUAGCAGGCAGUGAUUGGCCAUGGGUGGAGAAGGAGAAGAAAACUUGGGUGGAGGAGGAGAUGGAUUUGAAUCGAAUGAAUCAAGCCCACGAGGUGAAACUGAUCUUAUUCAAGAAAUAACGAGCCUGGUUGAAUCAGUUGCUCAGCUUGGAGAUUACCGAAGAUCGCAUAGGAAAGACUGCUUUGGCCUAGUUAGGCGAAUGAAACUUCUGUUGCCAUUAGUAGAGGAGAUCAGGGACUUCAGUGGACCAAUUGGCAGCAAGGGCAUUACUUGUUUGUGUAAUUUGAAGAAGGCGUUUAUUAUGGCAAAGAGGCUGCUCAAAGUGUGCAAUGAGGGAAGCAAGAUUCAUCUGUCUGUGGAGAGCGAGGCUAUUAUGAUGAGAUUUCGCGCAGUGAAUGAAAGACUGUGCCAUGCUCUAGAAAGUGUGCCUUUUGAUGAACUCGGGAUUUCUGAUGAGGUUAAAGAACAGGUAGAGCUCAUGCGAGUGCACCUUAGACGAGCAAAGGGAAGAACAGAUACUCAGGAUAUAGAACUCGCCAUGGACAUGAUGGUGGUACUAUCCAAAGAGGAUGACAGGAAUGCUGACAUUGCUAUAUUAGAAAGGCUAGCCAAAAAGCUGGAUUUACACACUGUUGAUGACCUGAAUAAUGAAACUUUAGCCAUAAGAAAUCUAGUUAAAGAAAGAGGCCCUAAUGGAGAUAACGUUGAGCAAAUAAUUGAUCUUUUGAACAAAUUCAAACAGGUUAUAGGAAUGGAAAUAACCGAUGUUCUACAUAAUCCUGUUAUCCCUAAAUUGCAGAAGUGCGCAUCUGUAGUCAUUCCUCAUGAAUUCCUCUGCCCGAUCACACUAGAAAUAAUGACAGAUCCAGUUAUUGUUGCUUCUGGACAGACUUAUGAGCGGGAAAGCAUACAGAAAUGGUUUCAUUCCAAUCACCGGACCUGCCCAAAGACAAGACAAACUCUGGCUCAUUUAUCAGUUGCACCAAACUUCGCUCUUAAAAACCUUAUCUUGCAAUGGUGUGAGGAGAACAAAUUUUUCCUCCCCAACAAAAAUAACAAUGCUUCUUCUGAGAACUCUGGGCCUGCUGAGGAUAUAUACUCUCUGGUUAAUGAUCUAUCUUCUAAUCAUUUGGAACUGCAAAGAAAGGCUGUGAGAAAGAUUCGCAUGCUCUCAAAAGAGAAUCCGGAAAACAGAAUCUUGAUUGCCACCAAUGGAGGUAUACGGCCACUAGUUCGGAUUCUUUCCUACCCAGACUCUAAACUCCAAGAGCACGCAGUAACAGCUCUGUUAAACUUAUCAAUUGAUGAGACCAACAAGAGAUAUAUAGCUGAUGAAGGAGCCAUUCCAGCUAUCAUAGAAGUUCUGCAGAAUGGAAGUACUGAGGCUAGAGAGAACUCUGCAGCAGCUUUGUUCAGCUUAUCAAUGCUAGAUGAUAACAAAAUAGCUGUGGGCUUAUCUAAUGGGAUUCCACCAUUAGUGUUCUUGUUAAAGCAUGGGACAGUAAGAGGUAAAAAAGAUGCUGCCACUGCAUUAUUUAACUUAUCUCUCAACCAUUCUAACAAGGGGAGAGCCAUAGAUGCUGGCAUUAUUCCACCUUUGCUCCAAUUGCUGAAUGACAAAAACUUGGGUAUGGUUGAUGAAGCCCUCUCCAUUUUUUUACUUCUAGUAUCACAUCCAGAAGGGCGAAGCGCGAUAGGGCAAUUAUCUUUCAUUGAAAUCCUUGUAGAAUUUAUUAAAGAUGGCACCUCCAAGAACAAGGAAUGUGCAACAUCAGUUCUUCUUGAGUUGGGAUCAAACAACUCAUCUUUCAUACUUGCAGCACUUCAAUUUGGUGUAUACGAGCAUUUAGUAGAGUUAAAAAAUAGUGGAACCAAUAGAGCUCAGAGAAAGGCAAAUGCUCUUUUACAACUUAUGACCAAGACUGAGCAAAUUUGAUAGGAUAUGAUUAAAUCCAAUCUUCUACCUCUCUUUUUGACCAUUGAUUACAUAUCUUCAUAUUCUUGUUAUUUUCACACUAUGUACAUUGAUUCUGUGCCUUUUGUUUUCCUUUCCUUUUUUUUUUUUUUUCUCUGAAAGAGCUUGGUACUAUCUACUGUAAAUUGAUUUAGCACAGGCUAAUUAUCCAAUAUUUUGUACAUUUUUGUUAACAUAAGAAACAGUGAGGAGUUAAAAGAA